AUGGCAGGUCCUGCACUGGUUGUUCCGGCGGUCAAGAAGCACACUGCCACCGUCAUCAUGGCGCAUGGUCUGGGCGACAGGGUCGGCCUGGCGGAGAACUGGCGACGACGGGGGAAAUUCGAAGACGUCAAAUUCAUUUUUCCCAACGCGCCGAGCAUACCUAUCACAGUUGUACGACAGUGGCCUCUCUCUCUAGCCAAAACAAAAGCUCAUGAACAAAAGCUGACUGAUGGUCUUCCAACCAAUUGCAGAACAUGGGCGUCUCCAUGCCUGGUUGGUGAGCACUAUCUCUCCCGCCCCAGUGCUGGCUCCCCCCGAUUGCCCAGUGACCUAACCACCACCGAGGAAAAACAGACGACCUUCGACGAUCUGCAAGAGGCGCACGACGAAGCGGGCAUCCUCCGGUCGCGGAGCGUGUUCAACGACCUGGUGGCGGGCGAAGUCUCAGCCGGCAUCGCCUCGGAGCGCAUCGUGCUGGGCGGCUUCUCGCAGGGCGGCGCCAUGGCGCUCUUCACCGGCCUGACCACGCCGCACAAGCUCGCCGGCAUCUUCGGCCUGUCCUGCUACCUCCUCCUGGGCGACAAGGUCAAGACCCUGGCCGCGGAGAACGGGAACGCGAACCGCGACUCCCGCUGGUUCAUGGGCCACGGCGACGCCGAUCCGCUGGUCAAGUACGAUUGGGGCGUCAGGACGGCCGAGGUGUUGAGGAAGGAUCUCGGCGUGGCCGACUUGGAGUUCAAGACGUAUCACGGCUUGCCCCAUGCGGCGGAUCCGCUGGAGAUUGACCACGUCGAGGGUUUCAUCAGGAAGUGCUUGGCGCCGGUGUCUGAAGGAGGAGGAGGGGGAGCCGGGGGAGCCGGAAGCAAGAAGGGCGAGCUGUGA